UUGCUUGCUUGCUUAGGGCAAAGUCCAAAUUAACGCUUUGAGCUGCAUUACCCUUUCUCCCCACGCUAAUAAAAGGCAUCUGUUUGACGCUUUUAUCUGAUGAUUGAUUUGCUAUGGAUUUUCAUUUCUACUACUAGCUUUGAUACGGAUCUGCUGCUCUCAGUUUCACGAGAUCUCCUCGCCGUUAACUUGCUUUGAUUGCCAAUGGCGUUGAAGCGGGGACUAUCCAGUGUGGGCGUCCACAGGAACAGAAGUUAUGGAUCUGGAUUCCCAAUCGUGAUUCUCGUUCUCUUCUCAGUUCUCGCUCCGCUUGUUUUCUUUGUCGGUCGUGGACUUUAUCUAUCUGAUCAAAAUAGUGUUCAAAGUGGUUAUACCAAGCAGAAUGUUGAUUGGAGGGAAAGGCUGGCAUUGCAAUCUAUCAAAAACCUUUUCACGAAGGAGGUUAUUGAUGUUGUAACUACAAGCACGGCUGAUCUGGGGCCACUAAGUUUAGAUUCUUUCAGAAAAGGCAACUUGUCUGCAUCAUGGAAAGUUGUUGAAGAUGCUGCUGCUUCUCAGGUUGGUUUCGUAUCAAAACAGAAGGCAACAGACUCGAAACAAGAAAUGUCCGAAAUUAAAGAGGGAAGGCUUCUAGAUGAUGAGCAUUCGUAUGAUACACCUGCGAAAACACUUCGAAGGCAACUUAGAGAUAGUAGACGUUCGAAGCGGGCUGCUGAAUUGGUGCAGCAAGAUAAUGCAGCUACUUUGAAACUUGAAAAUGCUGCCAUUGAGCGAUCCAAAGCUGUGGACUCUGCUGUUCUGGGAAGAUACAACAUAUGGAGGAGAGAAUUUGAGAAUGAUAACUCAGAUUCCACAGUGCGCUUGAUGAGGGAUCAAAUUAUAAUGGCACAGGUUUAUAUAAGCAUAGCAAAGAUGAAAAAUAAGCUUGAUUUGCAGCAAGAACUGCUUAUCAAGCUAAAAGAGAGUCAGCGUGCAGUUGGAGAGCCAACAGUUGAUGCUGAUCUACCUCACAGUGCACCCGAGAAGAUUAAAACAAUGGGCCAGGUUCUAUCCAAAGCAAGAGAGCAAUUGUAUGAUUGCAAGUUGGUCACUGGAAAGCUCAGAGCAAUGCUUCAGACAUCAGAAGAACAAGUUAGAAGCUUGAAAAAACAGAGCACAUUCCUGAGUCAAUUAGCUGCCAAAACAAUUCCCAAUGCGAUUCAUUGUUUAUCAAUGCGUUUGACAAUAGAAUAUUAUCUCCUUCCCAUAGAGAAGAGAAAGUUUCCUAGAAGUGAGAAUUUGGAAAAUCCAAACCUUUACCAUUAUGCUCUCUUCUCUGAUAAUGUCUUGGCUGCAUCAGUUGUUGUCAACUCAACUAUCAUGAAUUCCAAGGAUCCUUCAAAACAUGUUUUCCAUCUUGUUACCAAUAAACUUAAUUUUGGAGCAAUGAACAUGUGGUUUCUGUUGAAUCACCCUGGAAAAGCAACCAUUCAUGUUGAAAAUGUUGAUGAAUUCAAGUGGCUUAAUUCAUCCUAUUGCCCUGUCCUACGGCAGCUUAAAACUGCUCCAAUGAAAGAGUAUUAUUUCAAGGCAGAUAAUCCAACCAAAUCUGCAUCUUCAAACUUGAAGUAUCGAAACCCAAAGUAUCUAUCAAUGCUUAACCACUUGCGGUUCUAUCUGCCACAAGUAUACCCCAAGUUAAAUAAGAUUCUCUUUCUUGAUGAUGACAUUGUUGUCCAGAAAGACUUGACUGGAUUAUGGUCUGUGGAUCUCCAUGGGAAAGUAAAUGGUGCAGUUGAAACUUGUGGCGAAAGUUUUCACCGCUAUGAUAAGUAUCUAAACUUCUCAAAUCCUCAUAUUUCACGAAACUUUGAUCCUAAUGCUUGCGGGUGGGCAUACGGGAUGAAUAUGUUUGAUCUCAAGGAGUGGAAAAAGAGGGAUAUCACUGGCAUAUACCACAAGUGGCAAAAUAUGAAUGAAGAUAGAACGCUAUGGAAGCUUGGGACUCUCCCUCCAGGGCUGAUUACAUUUUACGGUCUCACGCAUCCGGUUGAGAAGUCAUGGCAUGUACUUGGUCUGGGCUACAAUCCAAGUGUAGACAAAAAGGAAAUCGAACACGCAGCAGUAAUCCACUACAAUGGCAACAUGAAACCAUGGCUGGAGUUGGCAAUGACCAAAUAUCGAUCAUACUGGACCAAGUACAUCAAGUAUGAUCAUCCCUACCUACGCAGCUGCAACCUUAGUGAGUGAAUUUGAUUAAUUGAAGUUGGACAUUUUUUUUGCUUCUCUUUCCCACAUUGAUUCUUCUUCUUUGUAAUUCAUUAAAUUCAUCCCCUUAAGCACUCGGCUAUCGGAGCGAGUUAACAAGUUGUACGAAUGUUAACAUGUGAAGACACACUAUGAUCUUUUUCGUCCUUUCUCCAUUUUGGAUAUAAGUUCAAUUUAGACAGAAUAUUGAACCUCGUAUGAACUGGAGUCCACUGUAUUUUUUUUCAACAAGGGCUCGUUUUGAAGGAUUCAAUAUGUAUGAACAUUUUUAUCA